CGAGCCCGUGGACGAACGCGCGAAAUGGCAACUCUGCCUACAAUAUCGUCAACGCGCAGCUGCCGGACCCGUCGUGGGAGUGGGUCCAUCCUGAAUGGCUCAUCGACAUGUCGGGCGAUGUCGACGAGGCGGGCUGGGAGUAUGCGCGGAACUUCGGCCGACUGCGUAUGUUUCCUCAUUUGCGCAGGAAUACGCCCCUGCCUCGCGCCAAUGCGCAAGGCGCGCUGGAGAUGAACCGCCGCAUCGCAGACGAGAACAAGAAGCGAAACGCGAAGGAGGAGGAGCGUGAAGACCACGGCAUCGAGGCGCUGAAGCGCUCCGCCAAAUCGCGCAGCGCCAAGUGGAGCGGCCAGGGCGAUCCCGGCACGUUCGUGCGGCGCCGGCGGUGGAUUCGCCUGCGGCGACGCAAGGCACUCGCGGUUCCGAGCACUGCUAACACCCCGAGGGUCGGCACGCCUGGCUCCUUGGCAUCGGGCGACUGGACAAAGGCGUUCGCGAAUCGCGCAGGUGGCGCUCAGCCGCAGCACGCCAAGCUGCUCUCAGACGACAUGCAGAGCAGCACGUCCGAGGACGACUCGGAGGACCUCUCCGACCUCGAGGAGGACGAGGUGGACUCCGAGGGCCACGAGAUCGGACAGACAGCCUCAGACUUCUUCCCGCGCCGCACGCCGGGCAAUCUGGCGAACCACUCCGAUGACCCCCUGCGUGCGCGUCGCAGCAAGGCGCAAGAGCGCCGGCAGCGGCAUGCGCGAGAGUUCACGGGCACUGUGCGCGAGCUGAAGAGCCUCUUGCCAUCCAUCAUGCAGACGACCAAGCCAGCGCGGCCGCAUCAUGCUCACUCCAACUCGACGGGCGCCUCGCCCUUGCUUGGCGAUCGCGCGCGGCUCUGGCGCGACGAGAUCGAUGCCAGAAAUCCGUUCCUGUCCUGGAAGUUCGUUAAGAAGCGGCUCGAGGACGACGAUCUAGCGUUCGCGACAGCGGCGCUUCGGGCGCGCGAUCGCAAGCACGCCCAGCGCAUGAAGGAGAGGGAAGAGCGCGCCCAGGCGCGUGCUGCCACGCGCAGAAUGCCCUCCAGCUUCGCGGCGCCUCCCACAGCCGAGGCGCCCGCGCCCGAGAUGGCCGCUGCUGGCUUCUCGCCUCCGCCGCGCCCGGCCGACCUGUCUGCCUACGAUCCACCUGCGCCACCCUCGCGCUCGGCGACGCACGAGCUGACCCGCGAUGCCCUCGUCGAGAUCAACUUCCGCCGCGUCCUGCGCGUGCUCCGCGCCUGCAAGAUUGACCGGCAGCGCCUGCACCUUUGGCGCACGUGGCUCGGUGCCGAGGCCCCAGACGCCGCUGGCGCGCGCGCCGAAGACCUUGCGGAUCUCGGCCUCGCUCUGAGUCCGUCAGUCAAGGAAGAAGGCGCGAUCAAGAGCAGAGAACAGCUGGCAAGCGAGGCAAGAGCACGCUGGAACAAGGGCGCCUCGCUCCCGGAUCCGCUGGACGUCUGGGAUGUGCUCGAGCGCCGGCUCGACGCGAUUCUGCUCCUGUUCGAAUUCCAGGGCUCGCGUGCGUCGCUGAUCCGCCUGCUGCUCACCUUGCACGCGAGCUCGCAUCCGGAGCAUCGCUUCAGGCGCACGAGCUGGUCACUGCCAGUGGGCAUGGAUGGCCAGCACGUCCAGCCCAACGCGCCGUCGUCUCUGGACCCAGCGACAAGCGGCAAGACACCGACAGGCGCGCAUCUCUCCCACGGAGUACCGCGUGUCGACCAGCGCGAGACGGGAGUCCCGCGGCUGGAGUUCUGGUCCGACCUGAGUCGCGUCGCUGCGUCCAUCCUGCAGGCGCCCCCGCCCGGGGUGGCUGCUCACGACGCACAGUCGCUCCGUGACGAGGCGGAGCUUCUGCGGUCGCCCUCGCGCGGCGUUGCUGGCCUUGACUCGCCCCACUUCGGGCCCUCACGGCCGCGUUCACCUUUCGCUCCCGUGCCACUCUCGCGGCCGCCGUCGCGUGCGAGCACCCCGCAGCAAUCUGCCUCCGCAGCAGCAGCGCGUCGAGGCAGCGCUUCCGUACGCUCGGCGUCCCCGGCGCAAGGCGGCGCUGGCCCGCGGCGCACCGCACCUGGGCGAUCCUCUCUGCAUCUGCAGCAGCAAGGCGAGGCGGAUCGGGCGUUCCUCAAGGAGCUGCUGCAGCUGCCGGAAAGCCGCAGAGGCGAGCUGCUGCUCAGCAGCCAAGCCUCGGCUGGCGCGACCGCCUCGAGCUCCAGCAUCCAGAGCCAGCGCAGCACCGCCUCGCGCCAAGACUAGACCAGCACCGAUCUCUACUGGCCCUCACGUGGCAUCCUACGACGCGCUCUUGCGCCAUGAUACCCCAUGCACCAGCAUAGAUACCCAGCGCACGACAGUCGACCGCUAAUACAAUGCGCUGUUCCGACGUGACGAGUCGAACCUGACAAUAGUGUACAGAGCGAGGUCCGGCAGGCAUCUCUAUGGCGCCUCCUGCAUGACCACGUCGCCGG